GUCAGUCGGUAUCGAACCGCCGGGUUACGCGAAGCUCCUACGACUCUCGCCGUAGGAACGCCGCCGCUCCGGGACGAGAUUCGGAAUCUCGUGAACGUGAAGGACGACUUCUCACCGAUGGCAUCGGCUCUCCGACCUUACGCACCCGUCGAGGUCGGCAGUACCAACGCGUUUCUUUCCCUUCAAAAACGGUUCUACCGGUUCGAGACGUGCAGUACCCGGUAAUUCGGACCAGGAUCGAACCAAUUUCAGACAAUUUUAGAAUACAAUAAAAAGAAGCAAUCUUUUAAAAGUUGUUCGCAAGGAACUGUUUAUAUAAAAAUGGAUUCUGGAGUAGGACAAAGCAAGAUGCAAAUUCGUGUAGGAUUUUAUGACAUUGAAGGUACUAUUGGCAAAGGGAACUUUGCUGUAGUAAAAUUAGCUAGACACCGUAUUACUAAAACAGAGGUAGCUAUUAAAAUAAUUGAUAAAACACAGUUGGAUCCUACCAAUCUUGAAAAAGUUUAUAGAGAAGUAGAAAUAAUGAAGCAAUUGGAACACCCACACAUUGUCAAACUGUAUCAAGUUAUGGAAACUAAAAAUAUGAUAUAUAUGGUGUGCGAAUACGCAAGCAAAGGUGAAAUAUUUGAUUAUAUUGCACGUUAUGGACGAAUGGGAGAACCCAGAGCUCGUGCAACGUUUGCUCAAAUACUAUCUGCGGUCGAAUACUGCCAUGCGACGGGCGUAGCGCAUCGUGAUCUGAAAGCUGAAAAUUUACUCCUAGAUUCUCAAAUGAAUGUAAAGAUUGCUGACUUUGGCUUUAGCAAUAGAUUUUCACCUGGAGAAAGACUGAGUACAUGGUGCGGUAGUCCCCCUUACGCGGCACCGGAAGUUUUUCGAGGGAAACAUUAUGCUGGUCCUGAAAUCGAUGUGUGGAGUUUAGGUGUUGUACUAUAUGUAUUAGUAUGCGGAGCACUGCCCUUUGAUGGAUCUACCCUUCAAUCUUUAAGAGAUCGUGUUUUGAGUGGAAGAUUUAGAAUUCCAUACUUUAUGAGUACAGAUUGUGAAAGCUUAAUACGUAAAAUGUUGGUUUUGGAACCUGCAAAGCGAUACACCAUUCCACAAAUAAAGAGGCAUCGUUGGAUGGCGGGGUCUGCAGACACUAUUUGUUCUAUGAUCAUAACGCGACCGUCAUCGGCCAUCCAAGAACCAAAUGAACAAAUACUUCGACUUAUGCAUAGCUUAGGCAUCGAUAUUACACGAACCAGAGAGUCAUUGAGGAAGAGCAGCUAUGAUCAUCAUGCUGCCAUUUACUUCUUACUGUUGGAGAGGUUGAAGCAACAUCGUGUCAGUAGCACAGCAAACAAUACCUGUUGGCCUAGUGUUCCAAGAACGAAAGAGGACAAAUUCAAAUCAAGAACAAGAGAAGAUACACCUCGAGGAGGAAAAAGAUUUAGUUCAACUAGUUCUUCGACUGAUGAAGGAUGUUGUAGCGCGGAAGGCGAUCUAGAAGAAGGUCCAAGUGGCGAUGAAUUGAGAGAAGCUCAAAUUAAACUUGAGGAACACAGACUAGGCCUAGACCAUGAUAUCAGUCAACGAAUUGACAGUCAGAUAGUCAAUCGAAGAUUAAGUGAUUAUCAACACCAUUUUGAUACCCCACUUAUGGAUCCUAUUGAUCCUCCUAGUCGAACCGCAUUAUUUAUUGCGGGUGGUAGUGGUAGUUCGUCAUCCGAACUUUUCGAAUCUAGUUUUGACUCUGGUUGUCCACCAGAUUACUCGGGUGCAAACUCGUUCACAAGUAGUUUGCCGUCCUGCACCCCUCCUCCACCUUUGAGUCCAUCGCCGAUAACUGGUAGAAUAUCGAGAGUCUCUCAGGGGCGUAGAGCAUCCGACGGUGGGCCCAGAUUGCUAUUUUGUCAGCAAGGUGGCGGAGAUAGACCAACCAAACAGCGAAGUAUCCAAGAUUCAGGCAAAGCAAGGGGUCAUUUAGACCUUGUUCAUUUAAGACCACCGUCUACACCACCCGAGAAUCAAUCACAAUUUAAAAUUCGUGGAGACUCUAGUACGCAAUUACAAUUGUUAGUGCAACAGCGUAUGUUGCAACAAAAGCGAAACUUAUAUCAUAGACAUAAGGGUGGAGGAAGCCCGACUCCUAUACCGGUGUCAGCGAGUACCACAAGCAGACGCGCUGAUCAUGUACCAAGACAAGAUAGUUAUAAACUAGCUCAGAGAACACAAAUCUUGCCACCUUUAUCUCAGGGACACGUCGACAGAGAUUUUGACAGAGAAAGAAAACGAGACGAAGAAAGAUGGAAAAGCCUGCCAUCCCGACUAGCAGCAGAUUGUCAGUUGGCAGAAAGGACAUUGCUGUGGAGUCAACAGAAGGAAAUAUAUCAGGUGGGUCUCAGUGGAGGAGCAUCAUAUUUGCCACCUGGCAGUGUAGGUGGCUUUUUAUGGCCCACUGGAAGCAACCCUCACUCAACCAUCUUCGAAAACGUUGGGGAUCCAAUGGAAUGAACAUCUACCCUGUUAUACUUUUAGUAUUGAAUUGGAGAUUUUGAGUCUGAAAGACUAGAUUCGAUACACAAAAUACAAUAAGCAGUAUUGCCUUCCUAGUCUUUCCAUAUCAGUAUUUUUAUUUAUAUAAUUAUGUAUUGUAUCAUAUCUAUUUUUUAAGUACUCAAUGACAAGUUUGUAUAAAUUUAUUUGUAGAACCGUUUCCUCCGUGAUACUCUAGCUUUCAUACACAAAAUCUUUGAUUAGAUGGGAGGUAUAUGUUACUAGAUGCCAAAGAUUUGUUACUGUUAAAUAAUUCUUUUCCCCCCGAAAACAUCUGCUUCGAGCAUCCACUUUUAUCAUAU